AUGAGUGCAACAAAUUUAAAAAUUAUGCUCAACAUCGCCAGAUGUGGUCGCUUUUUUAGUAGUAAAUCAGCUGCUAUUACCAAAAUUCAUCGAAACAUUUAUCCACAACACUACCUUACCAAAAUAAUUCAACCAGAUGGUUCAAGUUUUACCAUUAGAUUCAACGAUCCUCGAAUGAUUAUUAGAUUACCUUUAGAUAUGAACUUAAUUACUGAAGAAGAGCGCAAACGCAGAAUUGAAGCAAGAAGGCCAAAACAAAAGGUCAAAAUAGUAGAGGAAUUGGAUGAUUCAUUUGACAGGACUAAGUAUCUCAAGUAUUUUAAAAAGUGA